AUGGCAGACGAUGUGUCAGCUGGGAGAGAGGACAGCCCCGUGUCCCAGCUCGGACGGAGGCUCAGUGGGAUGUGGGGCGACAAUGGGCCGCCCACAGAGGCCAAGAAGUGGCUGAAGCACAAGGCGGCGAUCGGCAAGCGCAGCACCACGGAGAAGAUGAAUCGCGCGAUCUUUCUCAAGAACCAUAAGGUGCUCUCCUUCCCCGAAGCCAAGGCGAGCGACGCGUUCAAGGCGUACCUCAAAGCAGAGGAGGUGUUCCUAAAGACCGAGGAGUGCCUCCUCGCCAGCUACGCCGAGCUGGCGGGCCUCAGUCCCUUCGCAGCGAGCUUGGCUGCCGGCGCGCGUGCCUUUGCGGUGGACGGCGCGCUUGGCAACACUCUGCUCUGCCGCGAGUUCGAGCUGCUGAAGAGCGCGCAGGCAGAGGGCAGCAGUAGCCAGCAGCCCGUUGCUCUAAAGGCGGAGGCAUACGAGGCCAUGUCGGCCGAGGUGGCCGCGCUGGAGCUGCAGCGCCCCAAGUACCAGGACGAGAGACCCGACGUCGAGCUGCCGGAAGUUGGAGGCGGGACAGUCGGCCUCGCUUCGCUCGCCCGCGCCUCCAGCGCGGCGUCGGAGCCCGACGAGGCCGCGCCACCGCUCUCUCCGCGGGCGGCUGUCUUUGUGAUGGUUGGGAUGUCCAAACGCCACCAUCUUGGCUCUUGCGACCUCAAACCCGCGAGCUGCAUGCGUGGUCGUGACGUCGACAGACGCCCGAUGACCACGGUGAAGCUGAGCCGGAACGAGUCGAUAAAUCUCGUCUGA